GUUAAUUUUUACUCUUUGGUCAAGAGAGCUAUGUUGGCAUUAACUGGAGGGUUUAAGCAGAAGCUCUUCUUCGUCUCCUCCUCCUCCUCUUCCAAUUUCUUCAACUUCUCCAAAACCCUUGUUCAACCUCGACCGCUCCAAUUCAUCGCCAUGGCUACUCCACAGACGGUGUCUUCGCCGCCUUAUUCCACUGCUGCUUCCCCUAACCACGCUCCGGUCAAGCGCGUCGGCACUCACAAUGGAAGCUUUCACUGCGACGAGGCCCUCGGCUGCUUCAUGAUUCGCCUCACCGAUAAGUUCGCCAACGCUGAAAUCGUCCGCACUCGCGACCCGCAGGUGUUGGAGACUCUUGAUGCUGUGCUUGAUGUUGGCGGUGUGUAUGACCCGAGUCGUGAUAGGUAUGAUCACCAUCAGAAGGGAUUCCAGGAGGUGUUUGGAUACGGCUUCUCCACCAAACUAAGUAGUGCUGGACUUGUCUACAAGCAUUUUGGAAAGGAGAUUAUAGGCAAGGAGCUACAAGUUGAUGAAGAUCACCCAGAUGUUCUCUGUUUGUUCCUGGCUGUUUAUAAAAGCUUUAUGGAGGCAAUUGAUGCUGUUGAUAAUGGAAUCAACCGGUAUGACACUGACAAACCGCCUAGAUAUGUGAACAACACGCACUUGUCUUCAAGAGUUGGGAGGUUAAACCUUGACUGGACUGAUCCAGAUCAAUCCUCCGAGAAGGAGAACGAGGCUUUCCAAAGAGCAAUGGCUCUGGCUGGCGGCGAGUUCUUAGAAAGUGUUCAUUUCCAUGCAAGGUCAUGGUUACCAGCACGGUCAGUAGUUCUGGGAUGUCUUGCAGCCAGGUUUGACGUUGAUCCUAGCGGAGAAAUCAUGGUUCUAACCAGAUUUUGCCCUUGGAAGCUUCACUUGUUCGAGCUUGAGGAGGAGAUGAAGAUUGAGCCUUCAAUCAAAUAUGUUCUCUACCAGGAUGAACGGAGCAAAAGCUGGCGAAUUCAAGCCGUGGCGGUGUCUCCAGACAGCUUCGAGAGCCGAAAACCUCUCCCAGCUCAAUGGCGGGGGCUGAGAGAUGACGAUCUCUGCAAGGAAUGCGGAAUCCCUGCCUGCGUUUUCGUCCACAUGAGCGGCUUCAUUGGAGGGAACCAAAGCUAUGAAGGCGCCCUUGCCAUGGCUAAAGCUGCCCUCAAGCUCUAAAUUUUGAUAUCACCAUCGGUACCAGCCUUCCUUACACAGACAAUUGAUCCCAUAUUUCCAUUUCAACCUUUGAUACAAUUACAGCCCGCUCUAUUCCUUUCACUGUCAUCAGACCUUCUGUUUGGAUUUCGUAUUUAUUUCGAAAGCAAUUCGAAUUUCGCAACGUUUGGAAGAUCGAAUGAAAAAAAAAAAAAUAUGAAGAGGGAGGCUGCGUAACAAAUUAGAAAGCAAAAUCCUGUGUGUUGAUGGGCCCGCUGAACCUUACCUCGGACAUGGGCUAUUUGACGGACCCAGCCCACCCUAUGGUGGAAGGAGAAGAGGCCGUGCUGGGCCGGAUCAGGAAUAAACGGACUGGGCCUUACCUUUGCGUGUUUGCUGUGGGCAUGGGCCGGUGGAGAUGCGGAUCAGUGGAUACCACAUGGUGUGUGGGGCCGUGGAUGUGGGUUUAUUCAAGGACGGUGCCGUUUGGUUUGGUUAACAAGAUCAAGGAGGCCGUAAAAUCGGAAAUCAAUCAAAUAAAAUAAAUGCGCAUUGGUGACUCGGUGGGGCUUUUCUUUAUGCUUCCCCGAUCCACUUGCCACUUUAACGCUCUAGUUCCAUCCCCAUAGCUUUAGCAUUGGUUCCACUUCCAUUGGGAUUCGAUUAGAUCGGAUAUGAAAUCAUGGUAGUUUGAUUUUGGUAUUACAUUUUGUUGGACCAUACUAACAAGCAACAAGUACUAGCUAAACGAUUAGGCGUAUUUAUACCGAAUUUAACCAAAAGGUCGGCCGCUCUAAGUGAAGCGACGAAAGUAGGACAUGGAGUAGUGAGGAAGCAAUGAAGCACUCAUAAUAGGGAUGGCAACAAAACCCGAACCCACAGGUACCCACCCGACUCAACCCGGUCAACGCGGGUAAAAUUUGUGUUGACGGGUUUUGGGUCGGGUUUGGGUUUAAACCCGUUCACUAUUCAUCGAGUUGGGUUGGUUUUGGGUUUAGGUAAACCCGACCCAUGGGUACCCGCCCACACCCAUAUAAUUAAUUUUCUAGGUAUAUUUAAUAUUCUAAACAACUAAUCUUAUUUAUGUUUGUGGAGGCAUGUCUAAUUUUUCUUUCUAAUUGUGUAGAACGAAGUUGAUGUUAUCGAGUGGAGAGUGAAGAAACUUAAUUGAAAGUAAGAAGUUUUCAAUUAAUCAUGUUAUUUAUGGAUAAUUCAUGACUUGCUUCAAUUUUCUUGAGUUUUCUUGAUUGGUGUUGAACAAUUUGUAUAGUUAAUUUGUGAUUUGCUUGAAUUUCUAGAAUGAUAUUUUAUAUAUGAAUAAUUUGUAUUGAGAGAUUGAUAUUUGGUUUUAAUUUUGAUAGGAACUUGUUAUUGUAAUUUUUUACGACAAAAACCCGUGGGGUACCCAUGAACCCGUGGAUACCUAGCGGGUUAGGUUGGGUUUGAGUUUUUCAAACCCAUUGAAUUUUAUCCCGAGUUUUUUUCAUGAAUAAGCUCAUGGGUUUGAGUUUGGGUUCCCGACCUAUUGCCAUCCUACUCAUAUGCUCGAAUCCAUAAAAUAAGAAUUACCAUCGCGU